AUGGCUUCGAGUUGCGAUUCCAACUCGCCGGCAGUCUCCUCCUCCUGGGGCACACCACCCCCUCCUUCCUCGUCUAGCUCUUCCCCCUCUCCUUCUUCUUCUUCUUCCUCGGAGACGACAAUCCUAUCGUCUCCGUCUCCUCCGUCCUCCCCUGUAGCUCCCAAGCCCCUUGCCCUCCCUGAGUGGCAUCAGGAGGGCGAUUGGGACUUCAGUUUCCGCGCCGCUUCCGACGACUCCGAGAAGAUGCUCGCCUCGGAGUUCGACGCUCCUCGGCUCACAGGACCCGAGCCGUGGUCCUCUAGCGAGGACAACAAGUUCUCCUGGGACGGGGACGACGAGGCGAGCUCCAGCGAGGCCUCCGGCUACGACGACGAUGACGACUCCGACGACGGCUCGUGCUGGCUCGUGCGGCAGCAAGUUCAAGGACUCACCGCCAUACCCGGCCGCCAAGGAUGA